AUGCACUUAUAAAUUUAGGUGCAAAGAUCUCACACGAUAUCGUUAAUAUCUGCGUGAAAAUCGUGGAAGCAACAUGACGCGAAUCACUGUCUUUCCGUUAUUAUGUGUUCUGUGCAUAACGUCCUCCUUUGCCUUCGUUUUCGAGGAUUGUGGUUCGGAAAUAGGCAAGAUGGUGGAACUUUCAAUUUCAAGCUGCACCGAUAUGACUGCUGAGAAAUGCGUAUUUACUCGUGGCUCCGACGUAAAUGUAAACAUGAAAUUUUCAGCAAGCAAAGAUGUCUCGGAAGUUACAGCGCUUGCAUUUGGCGUGAUGAUGGAAGUGCCUAUACCUUUUCCUUUAGAAAAACCUAAAAUAUGCAGUGAUCCGAGUUCUGGAGUCAGUUGUCCGUUAAAGAAAGAUCAGGAAUAUCAGUACAAAUCUUCAUUCGCUGUGGAGAAGAAAACUCCUCCGGUGAGUAUUGAAGUUAUGUGGGAAUUUAGAAGCGAGAAUGACGAAAAAAUUCUGUGCGUAAAAUUCCCGGUGAAGAUUCAAUAAGCCUAAGGAUGUAGCUGGCACUUUUGCAUGAACUAUGACAAAUUGUUAGACUCACAAUCAGAUGUCCAAGUGAACAACGUUACCUACAUUAGUUUCUAAAUAAUAAACCUCGCUGUACACAUUUUCAACACACAUGUCGAUGCAAGCUUUACUGAUUAAUAAAAUUGUUAUAAUAAAAACAAACAUUGAAAUAAUAAAUAAUUAAACAAAAUUUUUAAUAA